GAAAUGUCGAUAAUAAAGAAAGUUUAAGUAUUUUUUUGCAAAAUAAACUAAAGAAAAGAUUAUAAUUAUUAGUAGAGUUGCAACAAGAUCUAUAAAAUAUUAGUUGCAAUAAAAUUGUUAAAUUCCGAUAAAAAAUAAAUCAAAGAGAGAGCAAAAAAAAAACUGAAAGUAUGAGUAACAACAACAAUACGCGUAAUAUUUACAAUACAACAGCAGGAAGAACAAGUAGUAGCAGCGGUGGCCAUGGCGCUGGUGACAAUGAUGAAAUGGAAGUGCUUCUUAGUCAAUCCAAUGCAUCUCAACAUGCAAUGGGAAACAAUCAGACAGCAAUAAAUAUUGAAAGUGAUAUGACACCAGGAACCAGUCAGCAACAUCUGCAAAGGCAACAACUAUUACAGCAAAUGCGAAGAGAUGCCGUCGAUACGACAAGAAUUAACAUGGAUUUGAAUGUUGCCAAUGUACAAAAUGCUAACGGUGCUGAAAAUGCAAAUAUUGAUGAAAGGCAAAGAAUGCCCAAUUUAUUUGCAAUGUUGCGCGAAGCUAGACACCAACUAAACCGCUCACAAUCUCUACGAGAUGCUCAUCCUGCUGUAGCGACAGCAAAUGGCGAAUACACUUCUGCCAACGCACAUCCACGUACUUGGCGUGAAAAUUUAUAUGAUGUUUUGUCAUCGCCUGUAUCGCCGCGAACUGAUGUUUUACGUGCUAUCUUUGCACCCGUUUCCACAGCUAGUGUUCGUUACGACACAUUGCCUACAAAUGAUGCACUACCAGACGAACAGUUCCAUUUCUUGAUCAAUCGUCAAAAUGAAGCCGAUGUGCAGCCCCCUUUCAGAAGUCAUAAUAGUAGCGGUUUAGAAACACAGUCCUCUUCCUCCUCGUCUGCUUUAAGGUUAUCAAGGCAAAAUUCACGUUUGACAGACGACAGAAGUUUAAAUGAAAAUUCCUCUUCUGCUCCCCAAACACCGGCCAUCGAUAUACCCAUAGAUAGUAAUAGUGCUGGUGCUGGUGGUGGCAGCAGAAGACAAAGUAAUGCAGCUGCCUCUGCCACAAAUGCUGGACGUCUACCACAAAGACAAACGUCGGCUACUGGUAGUACAACUGCUCCUACCAUCGAUAUGAUAGACGAUGCAGACACAAAUGCUGUAGGAGAAAUAAUUGUCAAACUCGUUACUCAUUUUGUUCGCUACCUACCUUUCAUCUUUAUCAUAUUCGUUAAGUUUAUACACGAUCACCUUCUGGGCAUCCUUGAUAUUUUGAUACUACACGGUGUAGUGUAUCAAUUAAACAAAUCUUUAAAAGAUCAAAUCGCAAAACUUAAUCAAAAAUCUUAUGCAGUUCUAGUACGUGACAUGGCUUUAGUUGUUUGUGUUGUAUCGUAUCGUUUUAUUUUGUCUACCUCUAACCCUGAUCCCUUUGGUCUUCUCAUAAAUCCUCCUGGAGCAACUAUAACAUUAGAUUUGUUCUCAGCGCAAAAGACGGGAUCUUCAAAUGUAGUAUCUGCGGAUGAGCUAAUAAAUCAAUUCACGAAUUCUAAAAAUCAAAUAGAUGAAGUGCCUUCUUCCCCCACCACAAACCCUUUGAAUAGUACAAUUUCUGUUACUAAAACUAUAUCAUUAGGAGCUCUACUUUAUUACGUUGCUGUAAAUGAUUUAAUAUUAAAAUUGUUGACGCAAUUGAUUAAGGUAAUCGUGACUAUGUUGCCAACUAAAGCUGUACGCCACAAAUCUCGGGCUCGUUUAUAUGCUCUAAUUGAAUACAUUUCUCAGUUCUAUCGAGCAUUAGUUCCCAUGAGACAAUGGCUAACAUUUUUAUUUGAAUCAUACACAGGCUUAGAAGUGAUCUCUGGCAUACUAUUUUCGGCAUUUUAUAUGGGUGCCAAAGGAUUUGAGUUUGUUGAACGUGGUAAACCAUUAAAGAAAGCAUUGAUUAACUUUGUGCGUAAUAUGGACUAUGAUCGUAAGCCGACCAAAGAUGAAUUAGAAGCUGCAGGCACUGUUUGUCCUAUCUGUCACGACUCGUAUACAACGCCAGUGGUGCUAGAAUGUGGUCAUAUCUUUUGUGAUGAGUGUGUUAACACUUGGUUUAAACGUGAACAAACGUGUCCAAUGUGUCGUGCAAAAGUUAGUGAAGAUCCUACAUGGCAAGAUGGUGCCACUACAUAUUUCUAUCAAUUAUGCUAAGUUUAAAGAAUUUGCCGUCAAACUGUUUUAUUAACCAUUCAUUAGGUUUAUUAUGUAUUGUAUUAUUUUUUUUUAUUUUAAUUAAUUCGAAAUUCUAUUGGAUUUUAUUAUUUUGUUUAGGCCUAAAUUAUUUAAAAAUUAAGAAGCAUUCCUUAACUUUGCUAUGUACAUACAUACACUUAAAUACAUAUUAUUUAGUUAAUAUAAUCAAUUAUAAAAUAACGAUAAAUUUCGAAAAUUAAUUCGGAAAUUACAAUUUUUAAUGGCGAGAAACCCAAAUAUAUAUAA